AAUUCCACCUGGGUCCUCCAACUUUAGAAAAUCCAAUCCACCUUCUUCUCUUACCAUAUUUCCCUCUAUAAAUUCCCUUCCCUCACAUCUCUUCUUCCUCAACACCACAUCAACUAAUUAAGCACACCCAAACCCUUACAAACAUGGCGGGUUUUGACGCAUCAUCAGCAGCAGCAUCACCACCGUCGCCAGUUCCGCGGUCGCCGUGGCACUCGCCGGUGCCGUACCUCUUCGGCGGGCUCGCGGCGAUGCUGGGGCUCAUCGCUUUCGCUCUCUUGAUCCUCGCCUGCUCCUACUGGAAGCUCUCCGAAGACGGCGAGAGGGACCUCGAGGCCGGCGGAGGAGGGGACGGAGCUUCUAGGGCCGAGCCGCCGGUGAUGGAGGAGAAGUUUCUAGUGAUCAUGGCCGGCCAGGAAAAGCCCACUUUCCUCGCCACUCCGAUGUCCAGUAGAACGUCGUCGUUUAGUAGCAAGAGGACCAGUAGUACUUUAAGCUCUGAAAGUAGUACCCUCUCUGAAGCUGAUUUUGAACACAAAAACAUCCAAAAUUAGAAUUUUGGUUCUGUUAAUAUGGUAGAAUUACAAGUGGUUUUUGUUAUGAAUUUUGCGGGAAUGUAAAUAAUUUUUAGACGA